UGCAGGGCGCAGCGCGGAGGAGAGCAGAAACGAGCCAACGAGCAGAAUAGGGACAGCUCUGCCUGACAGAUUCCCCGUUUCGAGGGGCCAGAAAUUUCCAUCUCCGUUUCUUCCGCGUUCGGACUUGCCGCCGCGGAUGAGUCGUCGCCAAGGUGCUAGCUCAAGAUCUUUCAGCAUAUCAUCAUUCGCGUCCGAUGAAGUGGACUACUCGGACUUAUUGUCUUUGCAUGGGGAUAGCAGUGCCGAGACUAGUGGCUCUAUGUCUCAACUUGCGUCAUCUCUCUCAGAUGAUAUGAAGAUGCUCCGAACAGAACAUGUUCAGAGUUCAGCACUCCACACAGAUCUGGCAGAGAUGGAUUUCGAUGCUGAUUUGCAAGAUAGACUUCAAAAAUCCUUUGAUGAGAUUGUCAGAUUGAAGAAGGAAAACUUUGAAGAAUCUUGCCAGCGCCAACAAGUCGAAAAGGAGUUCCUGGUUGUCCGCAAGAAAGCUAAGAAAUUGCAGGAGUACCUCUUAAAAGAGAUACGCCGUUCAAAAGAAAUUGAGGAAGCUCGUGCCACAGAUCAGUACUUGAUACAAAAAAUGAAAAAGGAGAUUGAAUUGCUAAAGAUCCAGCGUGAUGAAUACAUUGAAAAACUUUGCCAAGCAGGUGAACAGAUGUCGCUCCAACCGUCAGAAGUGGCUAAGGAAGCUUAUGACAAGGAUAAACAUGAGAUGGAAAUAUUGAGAGAGGAAAUUAUUCAGUGUAAAAUCCACCGAGAUGAAUACCUUGCAAAGCUUCAGGCAAAAAAUGAGCCGAAGUUGGCACUGGUGGAGUGUGUCUCUGAUACCAAUUUUGAUACUAAUGUUCUAGAAAAUGAGUUGGGAGCAUACAGAUGCACCCUUGACGACCGGUUGCGUCCCGACAGGGACGGUGCGGUCAGAUAUCUUGAAAAACACACUCAGUUUUCCUUGGCUGAGCUGAAGCUGGCAACAGAAAAUUUCAGCGAGUCAAUGAAGAUUGGAGAAGGUGGGUAUGGGCGUGUCUACAAGGGCACGAUCGGUGACACCGCCGUGGCCGUUAAGAUUUUAGCCCAUACUGAGAACCUCCAGGGCUUACUGCAGUUUCAGCGUGAGGUUUUGAUCCUGACCAAAGUGAGACAUCCACAUCUUGUCAAUCUCUUAGGAGCCUGCGAUGAAGAAUCUGCUCUUGUGUACGAAUAUUUACCAAAUGGAAGCCUUGAAGACCGUCUUUCCUGCAAGGGUAACACCCCUGCACUGACAUGGCAAGUCCGAACAAGGAUCAUUGGGGAGAUUUGUUCUGCACUGAUCUUCCUCCACAGUCAUAAGCCCAAGCCGGUCGUGCACGGUGACCUUAAGCCUUCCAACAUCCUCCUUGAUGCUGAUCUAGUGAGCAAGCUUGGAGACUUCGGCAUCGCUCGGUUUCUUGUCCCGUCCGACACCAGCACCAUGGUCCACCUUACUGACCAUCCGAUCGGGACGAUGUUCUACUCUGACCCAGAGUACAUGGCCAACGGUGAGCUGACCUCAGGAUCAGACACCUACUCGUUCGGCAUCAUCGUCCUCCGCCUCUUGACCGGGAGACACCCAAGGGAGAUAGUGAAAAGAGUGGAGGAUGCAAUGAUCAACGAUGAACUGCACACGAUCAUCGACAGAUCCGCCGGUGAGUGGCCCUUUGUGCAGGCGCAGCAGCUUGCGCGCAUCGGCAUGAGAUGCGCCGUGGAGAAGAGGAGGCGCCGCGCGGAUCUCGCCACCGACGUGUGGCCUGUGGUUGAGCCGAUGAUGAAGAGUGCCGCCCUAUCAUCGUGCCCGUCAACAUCUUCAUCCAUUCAGGAUGAAAGCGGCAGCGUGCCACAUUACUUCUUGUGCCCCAUUUUGCAGAAGAUCAUGAAGAACCCGCAUAUCGCCGCCGAUGGUUUCACCUAUGAAGCGGAGGCGAUAAAGGACUGGCUUGGAGCCCAUGACACGUCACCCAUGACAAAUCUGGCACUUCCACACCGUGCAACAAUCCCAAAUUCCGCACUUCGCUCGGCCAUCCAAGAACAUCUCCAGCGUGGGGCGUGACGGAUGCAGGUCCCUCGUUUAUGCCUGCCAUCUAUAUGAUUCUUGAUUCGUAUCUGCUUGGAUCCUGAAGGGGGUGCAAGAAAGCUAGACCUUUUUUGCCUUUUUUAAAUUCAUAGUCUCCACGAUUGUAUUAUGUAACAUGUGCAUAGCUGUUUGUGAUUUUGUCCAUUUGCAUGCCUGAUCCUGCGACAGUUGACAA